AUAUAGAUACAUAGUUUUGUUAGUAACAGCAAAAAGCUCAUAGGUGGUUGUCAUUUUCUCUGGUUUUGUCAUCUUUUUGGAUCAAAAAUGGAGAAGAUGUUAGCUUUUGUAGUGAUGUUUAGUCUCUGCUUUCUUCCACUCAUUCAUGGCGGAAGAAAAAUUCCGACGAGAACCCAAGACGAUUCUGAGGAGUGGGGUUAUGUUGAAGUCAGACCCAAAGCCCACAUGUUCUGGUGGCUUUACAAGAGUCCCUAUAGAGUUGAGGAUCCCUCCAAGCCUUGGCCUAUUGUUCUCUGGCUUCAAGGUGGACCUGGAGCUUCAGGAGUUGGGAUUGGGAAUUUUGAAGAGGUUGGGCCAUUAGACACAAACUUGAAGGCAAGGAAUUCGACUUGGCUACAAAAAGCAGAUCUCUUAUUCGUUGACAAUCCAGUUGGAACAGGUUACAGUUUUGUGGAGGACAGAAAGCUGUUUGUGAAAAAUGAUGUAGAAGCAGGAGAUGAUCUAACCACAUUGUUGGAGAAGCUCUUUAAUGGAAAUGAGAAGCUUCAAAAGAGUCCUCUUUUCAUUGUGGCUGAAUCUUAUGGAGGCAAAUUUGCAGUUACUCUUGCCUUGUCUGCUCUAAAAGCCAUUGAAGCUGGGAAAUUGAAACUUAAACUUGGAGGAGUUGCAUUGGGAGACAGUUGGAUAUCUCCUGAAGAUUUUGUGUUUUCUUGGGGUCCUCUUCUCAAAGAUGUCUCAAGGCUUGAUGACAAUGGAUUGAAACUGUCAGAAAGUUUAUCUGAGAAGAUUAAGCAACAAAUUCAGCAGGGUCAGUAUGAGGAAGCAACUGAUUCAUGGAGUUCACUUGAAGGGGUUAUAAGCUCUAACAGCAAUGGAGUGGACUUUUAUAACUUUCUAUUGGAUUCAGGAAUGGACAUAGUCUCAUCCUCAACAGCACUUGAAUUGUCGAAAGAGAUUGCAACCAAGAGAUACUCAAGAUAUCUUGGCGUAUUGAGAUCUACACCUGGUGGUGAUGAUGAUCUUGGUGAUUUGAUGAAUGGUGCCAUUAAAAAGAAGCUUAGGAUUAUCCCAGAAAAUGUAACGUGGGGAGGACAAUCUGAUGGUGUAUUUGUGGCUCUGCAAGGAGAUUUCAUGAGACCAAGGAUUGAUGAGGUCGACCAACUCCUUGCCAAAGGGGUCAAUGUGACUAUAUACAAUGGACAACUUGAUCUCAUUUGUGCAACCAAGGGGACGGAAGCUUGGGUUAAGAAGCUCAAGUGGGAAGGACUCCAAACAUUCUUGAGCAAGGAUAGAACUCCUCUCUAUUGUGGCAAAGCAGGACCCACCAAAGGGUUUAUUUCAUCAUACAAAAACUUCCACUUCUAUUGGAUACUUGGAGCAGGUCACUUUGUGCCUGUGGAUCAACCCUGUGUAGCUUUAGACAUGUUGAGUCACAUUACAAACUCUCCAAGGUAGAUAUCAUUCUAAAACAGUCAAAAGAAAUGGGACAUUUGAAAGGGAUUGGUGAGAAGAUAGGUACAAAGGCAGAGCUGCAAUCACAGCAAUAAUGUGGAGAGAGAAUUCAUAAAUAAAAUUUAAAACAAAAAAAGGAAAACCAUAAGAGUAUAUAUACUUUACUUUUUCAGUUGAACCAAUUAUUGAUGAAAUGAUAGAAAGAAGAAGCAGAGAUCUUUUACUAUUUUCCAAUACUAUCAAUUUGUGAUGACCCAUUUAACUUUGUAAUCAUAAUUAUCAUUAUAAUUCAGUAUUUAAUUCUCUCUACAA